UCGUCUCGAGUCGUCUAAUGUUCCUUUCCAGUACGUUACAUUGCCCAGUAAACACGUGGUUACAAUUGUAAUUAUCGAAUUUAAGGUGAAAUACUGAACAAUUCACAAUGCCUUUGGCUAGGGAUUUCCUCCAUCCAAGUCCCAUCGAGGAAAAGAGGAAACACAAAUUGAAGAGGCUUGUACAGAAGCCUAAUAGUUAUUUCAUGGAUGUAAAAUGCCCGGGCUGUUAUGCUAUUAAAACCAUCUUCUCACAUGCUCAGAGGCCAGUGGAAUGUGAUGGAUGUCGCACAAUACUUUGCACACCAACAGGUGGAAAAGCAAGAUUAACCGAGGGCUGUUCUUUUAGAAGAAAAGUGCAAUGUUAAUUGUGCGCGAUGUAUUACUUCUCUUUAUAUUCGAUAAAUAAAUACAAUCACAUUAUGUA